AUGAUCGCGCAUCAUAGUGUUAGAUUGCCUGUUACAGUCGAGUGUUCUGACAAGGCUGACGCAGCGAGAGACUCCUUCCUGCGCCUAUCAUUUUCCCUGGUGCUGAUGCUGCUCGGCCGAGCUCGCUCUGGUUACGCAGUGUCCGUAACCUCCGAGAUAUCUCAGUGCCCACACGCUACACAAGCCUCGCAGGAUGCGGCCCGCCCGGCGCCACGAAGCUUGGUCAAACAUCUCGGAAGGGUAAUCGGUAUGGCCAGCUUCGUGGGCGUACUCAGCACAGUGUGCGCAAGCCUGCACCGUGUUUUGCGGAGUAUUGAGGUUAACAUCUGUGUGGAAGGCGGCCACACCUACGUCAUCUUGACAAAACAGGUACGGCGCGCAAAAGGUGUUUAA